CAGCCGAUACUGUUGAUUUUCUGCAAACAGGGCUCACCUAUUACUAAAAUCUCCAAUCCCCAUGCUCCAGCAGCAGACAAAAAAAUUAGCACCACAUUGAUAAAUGCAUAUCACCGACUGACUGAUACAUAUAUUUUUUUCCUGCAGCAUCUAUCUGGCGUCAUCAUCAGGCGCCCGUAUUUACUUCUGGUCCAGUUAGUUGCUGCUGAUGCCUGCUGCGAUGGAAGUAAACAGGGACGAAGCGGAGCGCUGCAUUGACAUUGCAGCGGCCGCCUUAACCAACCAACAGCCGGACAAGGCGCAGAGGUUCCUGGAGAAGGCGCAGAGGCUCUUCCCGACAGAGAAAGCCAAAGUAUUGCUGGAUGUAAUAGCAAAGAAUGGAUUUACACCCAGACAAGAUAUCCAUUCAGACUUCAGCGGGGUGUCGGAGCCUCGACAACGGCAGAACAUAAAGGAGAACGCCAGACCUGAAGAAAAGCCUGCAGAGUCUUCAAAAUCCUACAUGGCUGAUCAGCUAGAAGCUGUGAGGAGGAUAAAACAAUGUAAAGACUUUUACGAAAUUCUCGGGGUGUCAAAAGAUGCCUCAGAGGAUGAACUGAAGAGAUCGUACAGAAAACUUGCUUUGAAAUUCCAUCCAGAUAAGAACAGCGCUCCUGGGGCAACAGAAGCGUUUAAAGCUAUUGGCAACGCGUACGCUGUUCUGAGCAAUGUUAACAAAAGGAGACAGUACGAUCAGUGUGAGGAAGAGAGAAGACAUCCUUCCAGACACGGCCCAGACAAUGGAAACUUUGAGCCGGAUAUUUCACCUGAAGAGCUCUUUAAUAUGUUCUUUGGAGGAGGCUAUCCAUCAAGCCAUGCUCACGUAUACAAUAAUGGACGGAUGCGUUACCAAAGGCGGGAGAGAAGAGAGCGACAGCAAGAUGGAGGUCUCGCCCUCUUUGUGCAAGUCAUGCCCAUCCUCAUCCUGGUUAUUGUGUCAGCUCUCAGUCAAAUAAUGGUCAACAGCCCCUCCUACAGCCUCAGCUUCAGGCCGUCAGCAGGUUACUCACAGAAGAGGCUGACUGAGAACUUGAAGGUGCCAUAUUAUGUGGGGGAGCAUUUCUCCAAAGAAUUCACUGGUGUGAAUCUGAAAAAUCUGGAGCGGACGGUGGAGGAUGAUUAUAUUUCCAACCUUCGCAACAACUGCUGGAAAGAGAAACAGCAAAAGGAAGGAAUGCUAUACAGAGCUCGCUAUUUUGGGGACAGCGAUCUAUACCAAAGAGCACAGAGGGCUCGCACACCAAGCUGCGCCAAGUUGUCCGAGAUCACAGCUUCUUUACAUGGAUGAAAAUGCUUUCAUGAUUCAAAGUUUCCAGAAUCACUACAAAAGAUUACCAGUAAUUUAUUAAGAUGCAUUUCUACAAUCUGGAGGCUGAAGAUGACUCAACAAGGAGCAGACCAGCACCACUCGUCACCAAACAGAUCACACAAACUAACUCAAACAAUUUCUGUGGAAGUCUAGUAUGUGGUAAAAAGAUAUAGCGUUAAUAUAGUGUAUUAGAAUGGAAAUGGUACUUAAAAUAGCUUGCUAUCCUCAAAAAAUGUGGGUUUGAAAAACUUUAGGUCACUUGCGCAACUCUGGUUCUCAGAAAAGCAUUUGUUUCGAUGGCUCACUAUGCGAUGCUCCUCCUUGGGUAUUCCUCAGAAAUAUUUAUUUCAUUAUGCCUAUCCUGACUGGCUGAUGAUCGUAAGAAACGUGUCAUUCAGAACCAACCACCCUUAAGUAGCUUGCACAAAUAAGCUAUCUUUAUUCAAGAUGAGCUAGGCAGCUAGCACCCAGUUAGCUAACAUUCCUGUCUGUGGACAGUAAAACUGGCUAGCCUGUAUUGCAGGUUGAGAGACUGCAUAGUAGAGGUGAAUGAUACAAAUAUCGAAUGUAUCGAUAUCAACACUGUGGUAUUGGAUCGAUACUAGUAUGAUGGGAUUCAUACUUUGUUUCUAUCCUCUAAGUUUGGUAUGUAUCCCACUGAAUUGUGUUAAAUGAAUUCUUUUGUUUGUGUAUUUUUCCAUUACAAAAAAUACCAUAGUAUAAAAACGAAACUAUUUUUUUGUGGGGACUGUUACAUCUAUUUUAUUUAUAGCCUAUAGCACAUUUAAACAACAGAAGUUGACCCAAAGUACUUAAGAGAUAGGCACAUAUACACUCCAGAUCUUCCAAAAACCCUGUUACAUGAAAUACAUGAAAAACUGGAAGUUGUGUUGACAAAUUAUUGUGGAAAUAAAAAUCAUAGUGAUUUGUGGUCAUGAAAACAUGUUUAGAAUAUGCUAAUUUGAUGAUAAUGUGAUCACCAAUCAAUUAGGAUUGGCAUAAUGGUGCUGAGUACACAGGGAGGCGCAUUCCAUGUCUAAACGUCAAAACAAAUUCUAAGAAUGAGAACCUCCAAGCACUAAAGAAAGAACAUAAAGAACACUUUAUAUUUGUUUUGGGGGGAAUGCAGUAUGAAAACUGACCAUACUUAAGUUAUAUGUAGUCAUAUGGAUGUUAUUUAUGUAGCAAUAUAACAGAUGCCACAUUGAAUGCCAUCUCCUUGAUUUUAUGCUGUAAUUCAAUGGAGAAAAGUUUGAGGGGUUUUGAUUUUAGAUGCACAUUCUCAGACUAUGCAGUAGUAAUCUAAUAUGUCAAAUGUCUAGGCUUUUUAGACACUUGAACACCUGAAAUUUGUCUUCUUCUGCUGUGUGUGUGAGAUAGCCACUAGGACAUGUCCCUGUCACUUUACCUCCUUUAAAUGUAUUAAGGGCAAACAUGUAGUACAACUUCACAAUAAAUGCCAUGAGAAUGAGACGUGGUGAUCCACAAAAUGAGACUUUAACCAGUUCAAGUUGGGAACUGUCACGUCUCUGCUCAAUCUGUCGGAAAAAGCCAUUUUUUGUCUCCGUUUUUAAGUUUAUAGUAUGCUACUUAUUCUUUGUAUUAUUUCUUGGAGAAAUAGAUUAUAAAGAGAGGAUAAGAAAACCAUACAGAUCUUGUUCACUUUGUUUUUCCACCAUGUUUUUAAUUCUAGAUGAAAAUAAACAUGGUUGCUCAAACGUGCUAAGUGUGACUCUCUGCUUUGAACAGAACAGGCACAGUAUGGGAGACAAAAGCUCAGUCAGCGCAUUUGGCACGUACAGUGUGCCGGCCGGCUUACAGAGACAGGGAACUAGAGACAUGGCUGCAUGCACGUUCAGCUCUUCAGUGACGUGCAAAAUGUGCCUGGCAGGAUGUGCAGCGUCACAUUCUUUCAGCACAAACACACUCAGCUGUUUUUUUUUUUGCAGACUGCAGAUGCUGCACCUCUGAUUCAUGACUUU